UGGCUAGACUAGAAAUGGAUCGGAGAAAUUGUCCAAAAAGAAAAAAAAAAAAAAAUCUUUAACCAUUAAUAUCUUUAUCGGCAAUUUGUUACACUAGUUUUUUUUCGGUCCUUCUCGACCAAGAUCGAUCUAAGAUUCAAAUAAAAAUUUUACUUCUUUUCAUUCCAUGUCGGUCUUUUAAACUUUCUCAGUGCAAUCUUGUCCAUGGUGAAGACUAGGAUGAAAUACAAUCUUUUCAAAAUGUUAUGCAAUUUUAUACAAAUCUUACGUAAUCUUUCCCAUAAUUUAACUUCUUUUCCAAAAUAAAAACCACAAAGAAAUCGCCCCGAUGUCCAGUUUUUUUCAGAGGUUGCUGCACAAUCACUCAAAGGGGGAAACAACAAGAAAUCCACAUAGAAAUCACACAAUUGUGAAAAUAAAAAUUGAGCAUAAACUUUGGAAAUUUGAAGAAGAUAUAAAAAAAAUUAAGCAAAAUAUGGGAAUGAUUAGAUACAAUUUCGAUCUUCAUCCACGUUACGACAAAAAAAAAAAUCAAUAAAUUUGAUGUACCAUGAAAAAAAGUAACUUUUUAUUUGGAUUUCGGUUCGAUCUCAGCCGAAAAAUUAACCAAAAAAAAAUUCAAAGAAUUCUCUAAAGAGUAUAUUUGGAACACAUUUUUAAUUAUUUAAUUAAAAAUAAAAUAUUUUUGAAAUAAAUUAAAGUAUUUGACAACCAUUCAAAAUAGUUUUUCAAGUAUAUCUUAAUCAAUUUUAUCCCAACGAUUAGUAAAGAAAUUUUGGGUUAUUAUUCCCUUCUAAAAUGGAUUAUUUGGGAACCAAUAGUAAUUAAAAAUAAAAUAAGCAGCUUUAGCGAAUACGUAGAACCCAAGAAAAGCAACCGUUGUUAUUAUUACCGGCGAAGUGGAAUGUCUGUAACCCAAUUUUGGAAUGUCAGUCGGAUCACACUCUCCACAACUUUCCCUAUGCUCCGUCUUCCUCUGUUUCUUCUCCUUCUCCUCCUCUUCUUCAACCCUUCCUUUCCCUCUCCCCUCUACGAAACCUUUCUUCAUUGCCUUCAAAACCACUCUGAUCCAAACCAAAACCUACCCAGCAUUGUCCAUCACCCAACCAACAUCUCCUAUUCCUCUGUUCUUCGAGCCUACAUCCGAAAUGCCCGAUUCAAUACCUCCUCCACGCCUAAACCCACAUUCAUUAUCACCCCAUUACACGAAUCCCAUCUCCAAUCCACUCUCAUUUGCGCAAAAUCCUCCGCCCUUCACCUCAGAAUCAGAAGCGGCGGCCAUGAUUUCGAGGGCCUCUCCUAUGCCUCCCUUUCGCCCACUCCCUUCAUUGUCGUCGAUAUGUUUAAUCUCAGAUCCAUUGCAGUCGAUUUACAGAGCCGAUCUGCUUGGGUUCAAGCUGGUGCCACUUUGGGGGAGCUUUAUUACAGAAUUUGGGAACAGAGCAAGUUCCAUGGCUUUCCGGCGGGUGUUUGUCCUACUGUUGGUGUUGGGGGGCAUAUCAGUGGUGGGGGAUAUGGUAAUAUGCUGCGGAAAUUUGGGCUUACGGUGGAUCAUGUUGUGGAUGCGCGGAUUGUGGAUGUGAAUGGAAGAAUCCUCGACAGAAAUUUGAUGGGAGAGGAUCUUUUUUGGGCAAUUAGAGGCGGAGGUGGAGCUAGCUUUGGGGUCAUUCUAGCGUAUAAAAUUCAAUUGGUUCCAGUGCCGGAAACAGUGACAGUUUUUCGGAUUCAAAGAACAUUGGAAGAGAACGCUACUGAUAUGGUCUAUCGGUGGCAACAUAUUGCGCCUAACACUGAUAACGAUCUUUUUGUGAGACUUCUGUUGCAACCCAUCUAUUCAAAACCGAAGAAGACAGUCAGAGCCUCUGUUUAUACUCUGUUUCUUGGAGGGGCCGAUCGCCUUCUCUCGAUACUGAAAAGGGAUUUUCCUGAAUUGGGUUUGAAGAAAGAAGAUUGUAUUGAAAUGGGUUGGAUUGAAUCUGUGAUCUGGUGGGCUAAUUAUGAACAUGGAACAUCCCCCCGUGUGCUACUCGACAGAAGUCCUGACUCAGCUUACUUUCUGAAAAGAAAAUCUGAUUAUGUCCAAACUCCCAUCUCCAAAGAUGGGCUGGAAUUGCUGUGGAAGAAGCUGAUAGAAUUGGAUAAAACUGGGUUGGUUUUCAAUCCAUAUGGUGGGAAAAUGAACGAGAUCUCAGCUUUAGACACAGCUUUUCCUCACAGAGCUGGAAACUUGUUCAAAAUCCAGUACUCAGUAAACUGGGAAGAGCAAGGGACUGCAGCUGACAAGAGCCAUGUAAAUCAACUACAAUUACUUUACAAUUUCAUGACCCCAUACGUUUCCAAGAAUCCAAGAACCGCUUACUUCAACUAUAGGGAUUUAGACAUUGGUACAAAUCAUAACUAUGACGCUGCAAACGGUUUCGAGGAGGGGAAAGUUUAUGGGAUCAAAUACUUCAAGGAAAAUUUUGAAAGGUUGGUAAAGGUGAAGACUGCGGUAGAUCCACAAAAUUUCUUCAGAGAUGAACAAAGCAUCCCCACUCUUCCAAAGGUCCAAUCUUCUGGUUUGAGUUGGAGUAGAAGUUGGAGGCUGACCAUGGUGGCCAUCAUCAUGUUCAAAGCACAGCUUUUGUAAACCAACUUCACAAAGGGGAAGCAUUUGUUUGAGGCCAUGGAAUGAAUGAAGCCUAAAACUCUUCAGAAACCAAGCUUUUGACUACUGUUGGAAGAAUAUGAAGAUGAAGAUUGGUCCUUCUGUGUUAUAAGACAAAGAAUAGCCUGAAAACUGUCAAGCACAAGAUCCAAUAUUGAAGAAGCUAUUGUUCCUCUAAGAUCUUAUCAGUGAAUAGGAUUCCACAACAAAGAAGAACUAGUGGGAGAAGAAAAAUACCAACCAGCAGCACCACCCACCAUGAUUUGAAGUCAAAAUCUUUCUUCUCAAGCUUUGGUAUUUUAUACUUCAAAGUGAGAUGACAAUUGUUUGUAAUCAUCCACUUACUGCCUUGGAAUUAUAUUAUUAAUGAGUGGCAGUGGUUUAAAGAUGCGUCAUUUUACCACUGAUUCUAAUUUGGGGUUUUAACAAACUUGUUCACUCUAUCUACACUGAAAGAGUUAUCUUCAAAAA